AUGGAUAAGGACACAGGAAAGAAGGAAAGGUCGCCUAGAGGAAAGCAGCCUGCGAAGGGCCAGCCGGCCAAGAUGAGGGGGGCAGAUAGCUCCAUCCAGCCCCGGCAGGCAAGCUCUAGCCCGGAGUCCCGGCAGCCAAGCCCUAGCCCGGAGCCUCGGCAGCCAAGCCCUAGCCCGGAGUCCCGGCAGCCAAGCCCUAGCGCGGAGCCCCGGCAGCCAAGCCCUAGCCCGGAGCCCCUGCCUCCUACCACAGAAAGGUCGCCUCGAGGAAAGCAGCCUGCGAAGGGCCAGCCGGCCAAGAUGAGGAGGGCAGAUAGUUCCAUCCAGCCCCGGCAGGCAAGCUCUAGCCCGGAGUCCCGGCAGCCAAGCCCUAGCCCGGAGCCCCGGCAGCCAAGCCCUACCCAGGCGAAAUGA